AACCAAUCAAGCUUGAUCUUUGCAUGUCAAGGCACGAGUAUCGUGAAAGGAAAGUGAAUAAUAAUUUUAACUUGCUCAAUAAUAUUAAAUUAUAAUUAUAUACUUUCUUUUACGAGUUUUACGUCGCCGAAUGGCCUUUUGGAAGAAAUAUUGUGAUAUGAUUUUGGAGUCACAUACCUGAUACUGGCCGCUUAUAUUUAAGAGUGACAAAAGCUGACGAAGAUGUCCGGAGGAACAACAGGCCCCCUGUUGUACUCGGUGAGCGCGGCCGUGCUGGGCAUGCUCCAGUUCGGUUUCAACACCGGCGUCAUCAACGCGCCGCGCGCCUUCAUCGAGACUUUUAUCAAAGAACAGCACCAGGUCGACGCCGACCGAAGCUCCUUUCUCUUCAGCGUUAUUGUUUCCAUCUUUGCCGUUGGCGGAAUGAUCGGUUGUCCGCUAGCCAGCUGGGUUGCGGAGAAGCACGGACGCAAAAAUGCUUUACUCAUAAAUGCGGCAUUCGGUGUCAUAGCGGCAGCUCUUAUGGCCUUCAGCAAACUUGCGGGUUCAGUGGAAAUGAUCAUAAUUGGCAGAUUCCUCAUAGGCAUCAAUUGCGGCUUCGCCACGACUGCAUCGCCGACUUAUGUAUCUGAAGUGGCCCCGCUGAGACUACGCGGCGCGUUUGGCACAGUUAAUCAAUUAGCAGUCUCUUUUGGCCUAAUUUUCGCACAAAUCCUAGGAAUAGAUGCUAUAUUAGGUAGUGACGAAGGUUGGCCGUGGCUCCUCGGGAUUGCGAUAAUUCCCUCCGGCUUGCAAUGCAUGAUGUUGCCUUUCGCUCCUGAAACGCCAAGGUUUCUUUUGCUUACGGUUCGUGAUGAGCAAAAAGCGAGGAUGGCACUUAUUAAAAUUCGAGGUAACUCUGAAAUUGACAACGAGAUUAACGACAUGCACGCGGAAGACAGAGCCGAGAGACAAGAAGAGAAAUUUACCAUAUGGGGCUUGGUCACUGACCAAUCUCUCCGAACUCCGCUCAUAAUAGGUAUAGUCAUGCACUUGUCACAGCAGUGGGGAGGGAUCAACGCUGUUUUAUAUUACUCUUCUACUAUUUUCGAGGGUGCCGGACUCAUGCCUAAGGAUGCCCGGUUGGCUUCUAUCGGCGUGGGUAGUAUGUUAUUCAUCAUGGCACUGGUGUCUAUUCCACUGAUGGACCGCCUAGGCAGACGGACGCUGCAGCUCGGCGGCCUGGGUGGAAUGACCUUGUUCUCAGUUCUCAUGACGAUAGCGUUUUUCACUUACGAGGGUAACAAAACAAUGAGCGUGUUCGCUGUUAUCUUCACGCUGUUAUACGUCGCGUUCUUCGGCGUGGGCCCGAGCUCGAUCCCGUGGAUGAUCCUGUCGGAGCUGUUCGGGCAGUCGGCCCGCAGCGCCGCCGUCAGUAUCGGCGCGCUCGUCAACUGGUUCGCCAAUUUUAUUGUGGGUAUCACAUUUAUACCGAUGAAAGAUUCACUGGGACACUAUGUAUUUUUACCGUAUACGGUAUUUCUGAUAUUAUUCUUUAUAUUCACCUAUUUUAAAUUGCCCGAAACAAAGAACAGAUCUAUCGAGGAAGUAACUGCAUUUUUCAAGAAGUAAAUCUAAGACUGUGCUGUUUUUAUGAACAUUCCUAUUUUUAAAAAUGAUAAAUGAUAUUGUAAAAAUCUUACUGCACUAAAAAUUGUGAUAGCUUCUAAAUAAUUAUAAGCAAAGAUUCUUUUGGUUAUGGGUAGCUCUAUGAAUAGGCAAUUAGGCACAUUUCACCUCUGACGAAGGGGAACCGAAACUGGCUAAGUAAAGUUUUCUGGGAGCUAGCUGUGGUUAUCCAUUAUGCCUAUAUACUUUUUUUUAAGAAGACUGAACAUCUCAUUUAUUAUAAUCGUAUAUACCUAGAUCUACCUACUUGAUAUUUCAAAAUACUAAGUACUUAUUCGAGUAUAUUGUUAGUCAUUGUAAGGAACACAUAUUUAUUUAUAUGUAUAACUAGGUAAUGUAAAUUAUUAGCUAGAUGCAGUGACCCUAUUGAUAACUAAGUAUGUAACUACUUAUGUCAAAUAAUAUUAAUCUCAUUUUCAAACUUAGGUGUAAGUGAUAAUUCAAAUGAUCUAUUGCCAUUUACGAAAUGGAUACAUUUUUCGUUAUUUAUUGUAAUUGCAUAUCUUUUAGGGAUGCAAUAGUUGAUCUGUUUGUAUAAUUGGUUCAGAGGACCAAGUUUUGUUGUUUAUCUUGCCCGUUUAUGUUUAUUUUAUUUGAUAU